AUGCCUGGUACAAAACAUCAUCUAUGUACGUGGCAUCUAAUGCAAAAUGCACAAAAGCAUGUUGGGUUCUUGUUUAAACGUGAUGAACGCAUCAAAAAUGUGAUAUCUAAAUUAAUGUUCGAAAUUGAGGAGGAGGAACAAUUUAUGUCAGAAUGGGAUUCAAUGCUAAGGGUGUAUGAUCUUGUUGGUAACACAUGGCUUGAGCAUUUGUUUAGCCUGAGACAUAGAUGGGCCAUGGCAUUCGUUAAAUAUACGUGGUGUGCCAGAAUGCGCACUACACAAUUGAGUGAAAGUUUCAAAGCUCGCUUGAAGGAAUACUUAUCGAGGCAACUCAUUCUUCCUGAUUUCUUCACCUAUUUUGAUAGGUUGUUGUCGGAUAAGCGUUACAAGGAGUAUGAAGCCGAGUACCAUUUGGUGCAGAGGCUUUCGCAAGUUAAAUCAAAUUGCAGUGACAUGGAUAACAAUGGACAACGUGUUUAUAAAGUUACUAGUCGUAAUGGGAUGCAACGUUCUUCAUAUUUUAAAAUCCUUAAGGAUUGUAUGAACAUCAUUGAAUUGCCUUCUCGAUAUAUAUUAAGAAGGUGGAUUAGGAAAGCCAGAGAUGGGAACUUGGAUAAGAUUCUUGGCUGUGAAGUGUUGAUGGAUCUUAAACUUAAGGUAAGGCGACAACACAGGACCCUUUGUCGUAUUUUGACCGAAAUAUCUUCCAUUGCAUUGGAAGACAAUGAGGGAUACAAUGAUUUAUUAGUAAAAGCAAUGGAAUGGAAAAAAUCUGUCCAAAGAAGUUGUAGUCGUACUUUGGUUGGCAGUAGAAAGGCUGGUAAAAUGCAGAAUAAUGGGGAGAUAAAAAACAGUGGAAUAAUUUCCGUGGGCGUCAAGACGAAAGAUACAUCUAAAGGACAAAUGCGUAGGUGCAAAUCUCCCAUUGAGAAAAAUGCCAAGAAGAAGAGCAAGUGUAUGAAAAGAAUAGUUGAGAAAGCGAAUGAUAGCAUGGUCUCCAGAGUGGGAGGUGGCAGUUGUAGUCAGACAUGUCUAUUAGUCGAUAUUAGUAUUGUUACGACUAUAUCAUAUCCAACACUUAAUUUUCGUGAUAGUUGUGCAAUUCGUUAA